UAGUCAAUACUCUAUUACUCUCUUACUAGUUGUAUAUUUUUAAUAACCAGGGCUAAACAAACUAAAGAAUACUUGUUAAAAGUUCACUUUGUCAGUUAUUAAUCUUUUCAAACACUUUAUUUGAUGUAAAUGGUGAACAAUUGGAAGUUUUCAACCCAGGAACAAUAAAUUUUUCAACACGGGGAGAAAACGAUGAAGACGUACUCUCGAGUCAAGGCAAAACAGCAACUCACAGAUGAUGUCUUCACUGAAAAUGCACAGGAAACCUUGAAGGGAAACCUGUCUUUUGGUAUAUUUUCUGAUGAUGAACAACAAAGAUCUGUUGAUGGAAGAAGAAAAAGAGGAAGAAAUAAGAGUGCUGUCACAGGCUCUGGAAAACUAAAGAAGCCUAAACAGGGAACACUGACGAAGAAAUCCAUCUCGGAGGUACAGAAAAGUAAACCAGUCACCAGUCUGUCUCCUCCCACAGAGAUAAAUGAUAGUGAUGUAUUGUUUGGAGAAGGUCUGCCACCUGUUAAAAAGAAAAGGCAAUCAAGAGCAAAGAAACAAGAGGCUUGCACACCAAAACAGAAAGGAAGACAGAAAAGAAAUUCGGCCUCACAAAUCAUUACCGACAAGUCACAACCUUCACAGCCUAAAAAGAACAUGUCAAAAAGUGGAAAUAAAAACUUGUCUGAUGAAGCUGAGUUGUUACAUAACCAGCUUUCAAGUGAUUCUAUCAUUGAGGCUGAAUUACCGUCAGGUACACAAGUGAAACCUGAAGAUAAAGUGAGUGAUUGGCUAGCCAAGUCUGAUGAAUGCUCCCACACUUCCCAAGAGGACACAAGUAAGGAGGUGUUCAGAGGUGCACAAAGUCUUACAGGGGAUGAAAUGAGAUGUAGACUUUUUCCACAGGAAUUUUUUGAUAAUUUGAACUGUGUCUUAGAAAGACGGCCAUCAGCCCAAGCCGGACAGAAUGUGAAAGCCAGACAAGAGGAAUUCUUAUCUAAGUUGGCUCUUAAAACUGGGAAUAAACAACAGAGUUAUUUACCAAAAGCUGUGCCAACAGAAAAACUGUACAGUGUUAGUGAUAUAGAUGAUGAGGACCUUAAGUUAAUGUGCAAAAGCACACAGUCUGGAUUACAGACUGACACUGGUACCUCUAUGACAACUAGCAUGGGUACCAGCAAAUCUAAUGGUCAGACUGGGACUGGUACUCUGAUGACAACUAACACAGGUUCCAGUAAGUUCACAGACACCAGGACUGGUACUCAUUUAAAGACUGUUACAUCCAGUUUUCCCUCUGAGACUGGUACCAGCAGAUUAACAGAAACUCGGUCAGAUGGUCCAACUGGUGAUAGUUCCCAAUUUGUUUCAGGAGCUUCCAGUGCAGACAAAAUCAAUUUGUCCAGCAAGAAGAAACAUUACAAAGUUGACUCUAAUGAAGUCAGUGACAGCUUAAAACUGAAAGAUCAAAGAGUUCAGAAGUACCUAUGUUCUACAAUGAGAAGAAGUACAUCCUUGAAUAAUGCAGAUUUUCCUUCAGAGUUAUCAGCAGUCACAGAUUCCUUACGAAACCAACAACGUGAAGAGAAGACUCCAAGAAAAACUGAAGAGGAUUUUAAAGUUCCUGGAUCUCCUACCAAAAGUACAGCCUUUAAAGGAAUAAGGAGAGGCACUCUUCAGCCAAAGAACUCAACAAAAUUGUUUACCACAGGCUUUGUAGAAAUAUUUGAUGCAAUUCCUCAAAUGUCAACAAUUGUAUGUGAUAAUAAAUCAAAGGUAACUGUGAUUGAAAAUGAUGAUGAACAGCUGCCAUGUGAACCUAAACAGAAAAUGCAGAAUAUCAGAUCAAGCACACCAAAUAAAGGUGACACACAAGGGCAAGCCUUUCAGUUUGAGAUUGAUAUAUCCUCAGUCAACUUUGAUUCAGGAGAUGAGGAUCUGCUUCAUUUCCAUGAAUCAAGGGAAGUUAAUUCAGAGGAAUGUAUACAGCUGUCUACCACAUUAAUAGAUUCUCACCAGGACAAGGUUGAGAUCAAUGAUACAUUAAAAUAUGUAGAUGAUAUAAGUAAUGCUGGAAAAAAUUUGUCUCCAACAACUGAAUGUAUGAAAGAAAGCCCUAAGUCAAAUAAACGAAGAGGCUUGAAGAAGCCAAAAAAUGCAGCUACUUUUAAAUCCAAAGUUGUAAAUAAAAGAGGCCGGAGGACAUUAAAGUCAAGAGAAUUGAGAAACAGUGUUAGGAAGAGGUCUAGCAGUGGUCUAUCGAGAGUUACGAGUCAGUCUGAUUUCAACAGGAGAAGGUCAUCUAGAAUAUCAGCAAGUAAUUAUAUGAACAAGGGCUCUAUAAAUAAAACUGAUGACAUAGAUAUAACCAUUGUUAAGAAUAGUCGAAAUGCUAUUAGCCAAGAUCUCAGGAAAGCCAAGAAAAGUGAAAAUGUUGAAAAUUAUGAAAAGGUUCAGUCCGACACAAUAGUUGAAGAUGUGUAUCACAUUGAUAAUUCUGAUAUCGUUGCAAGUAAUGUAAUAACUGCAAGUAAUGUCAUAACUGCAGAUAAAGAUGCUUCUCUUGAUGAUGAUGUGUUUGAUAUUGAAGAAUCUGCUCUGAAUGUGCCAGAUGCUGAAACUCAAAAAUUGGCCAGGAAAAAUUACUGUACUAUAUUUACAAGAAGACCAAGUAAAAGAAAAUCAAGUGAAAUAUAUUUCCAUCCAAAAGGUUUACUUGAUUUCAACACAAGAAGCUAUUCUAGUGUGAGUUCACGCAGUGUAAAUAACCUAUUUAUUGUAGAAAGAAGAGAAAGUGAAAAUAAACAGAUUUGCCCCAAAGUUAGUAAACCAUCUAAAAGAGAUUGUAUAUCAGUAUGUACCCUGAUGGAUGAAGACUUUACUUGUCCUCAGAAGAAAAUUUCUAUUGUUUGCUAUACUGCAACUGAUACAAGAUCUCGUGAAGAAAUUCUAGCAACUGUGCCAGUGGAUAGUCUGAUGUCUUGAGUUUUGCAUUGAGCUAUACAUUUGCACAUGGUUAUUGGGUAUAUUUUACAAUCAAAGAAAGAUAUAUUGAGUGCCUAACUCUAUACUGUUUGCUGCUCCAUUUUAUAUUUUGACAUUUAAAUCCUUUAAAAUUCAAAUGGACUAAUCAAAAUUCAAAGCAUGGCAAAUCUAUUUCACAAUUUCUGAAGGUCAGGGUUAACCUGAUGUCUACUGUAUGUGUACAGAACCGGUAGGCACAAGUUUAAUUAUAUUGACAUAUGACUUGAUGUGAUAUGAAACUGAAACAUUUAUAAAUGUGAAUUCUUAUGUAGAAAGAAAUUGAUAAUUUAUUAUUAACUUAUUUGUAUAAAUGAUAUUUAAUUUGUUUGUUGAAUCAAUUUGUAGUCUGGUAGUUGUUGUUGUACAUGUAUAUUCUGUUUCACUGAUUGUCUUUGGUAAAAAUACAUUAUAUGUAUAUUUCUUUUGUAAUGCCAUAUUAAAUGAAUUGUAAAUGACAAAAUUUAUAACAUAUUUAAAAUUAUAAAUUUAAUUAUUACUUACUAGUAUUUGUUUACACCUGUCGUGAUAAUAAACCUAAUGUUUUA